CUAGUGUCUUACGACCGCUAGCUCGAGCGCGAGCUGAAAUUCAAAAGCACGCAGCCAACAGCUGGUCAGAGGACAAGCAUAGACUGCCUGGGUCAGCAUCGAUCGCGCUCUUUCAAAAGCACAAGCGUCGCCGCGUAUAGCUAGGCCAAAUCCACAGAUUAGACACAGCCCCGCUGCCCUGCUCCAGCAUCGAUGGCCGAGAUCGUAGAUCUGACCGCUGACUCGCCUCCAGACGCACCACAACCAGCAGAUGACAGCGCGGUCGUAGCACGCCUCGAGCUCUUCACCGGCGCGAGCGCCGACGCCGCGCGCGCCGCGCUGCGAGCCCACGGCAACGACGCCGACGCUGCGGCGGCGGCGUUGCUUGGCUCUAUACCGGACGCGCGGGCCACCGACGCCGACCUCGCCGCUAUCCGGCGCCUGCGCGACGAGGAGCGCGCCAGCGCGCCGCCGACGCCGUCGACGAGCGGCGCUGCUGCGCCCACGCCGUCGGUGAAGGAAAUGAAGGCGGCCAUCGCUGCCGCGGGCCUCGCCACCGCCGACCUGCUCGAACGCGCCGACGUCGAGGCGCGCUACGCCGAGGCCCUCGCGCCGGCGGCGAGCGCCGCCGACCUCGCCGCGAUCCGGCGUCUGCGCGACGAGCAGAACGGGUCCAUGGCCCGGCAGCUCGCCGAGGCGCGCCGAAAACGCGCCGCGCACCACGCGUCGCGGCCGCCCCCGUCCGUGACCGGCGAGCUCAAAGUAUGUACAUUCAACGUCUGGUUCGAGCACGAGGACACGUUUGCCAAGCGCAUGGCCGCGAUCGCGCGCGAGUGCGCCGGGGCUGAUAUUGUUGGGUUCCAGGAGGUCACAGACGAGUCGUUUCCGUUCCUGGAGGCCGCCCUGAAACGUCAGGGCUUCCGGGGGCUCCUGAAGCAGGCCGCGCCGGCGCCCUACUACUGCUGCGUCGCCUCGAAGAAGCCGCUGCGUCAAGCAAGGACGCAUCACUUCCAACGGUCGAUGAUGGGCCGCGGCGUGCUGCUGGCCGUCGCGUCGUGGGGCGACGUGGACGUCCAUGUGGGUGUCGUCCACCUCGAGUCCUUCGUCGGCAAGGAGCACGACGCGGCCGUGCGCGCGGAACGCAGGCGCCAGCUCGCCGCGGCCGGCGCCGAGCUCCAGGGGCGGGCGGGCACCGGCCUCGCGGUCCUGCUAGGCGACUGCAACUGGGACGACAGGGACGGCGCCGUGCCUCUAAACGGUUCGGACUGGCGCGACGCCUGGGAGGAGGCGGGCUACCCGCGGGACGCGCAGUACACGUACGACGGUCGCGCGAACCGCAUGCUGAGCCACCGCUACCAGAACCGCUACGACCGCGUCUUUUUGUUCGACGGUUCGAAGCUUGCACGCGUCGCCGGCUUUGCGCUCAUCGGCACGGCGCGGCUGCCGGACCUGACGAUUACGGACCGCCACAAGCGCGUGCUGCCCGCGUACCCCUCGGACCACUUUGGGGCCGUCGCGACGCUCGCGCCGGCCGGCCAGAAGCCUUCUUCGGCGGCGACGGCGGCGAAACCAGUGGUGGCGGCACCGGCUCCGAAGCCGGCGCCGAAGUCGGCGGCCGCGAGCUUCUUUGCGCCCCGGACAAAAAAAGCGAAGACGGCCGCAACAGUAAAAUACCGCGGCGCGGCGAUCCCGGACGGCUGGCAGCUCGUCGACGACGCGCUGCUCGUCAGGCGCUUUGGAGGGUCUCCGCAGGAUGUGAGGCGCCUCGCGGGCUUCGUGCUUGACCAGCGUCGUUUGAACUUUGGCCUUCAAAUGUUGGAUGGCGUCGACGGUCGAGAGCACUCCGACCCCUCCGGGACGCCAUCGACGCACACAGGAUUUCGACGACACGCUGUCGCCGCUCGACUGGGGCCGGCCGGACGCGUGGUCGCACCUCUACGGCCACGCGCCGCGGGUCAUUCGGCAGCUCGCAGCCGACGGCCAUGCUAUUGUCGUCCUCUCGAACGAGUGCCUCGACCGGUACAAGCCAGUGCAUAAAUCAAAUUGUCGCGGCACGAUCGUGCACCCGACUCACCGGUUAAUUUGCGCACAGGUACAAGCGCCUCGACUACCUGGUGAAGAAGAUGCGCGACAAGUGUUCAAAGAUCGGCUCCUGGGCGAACGACGUCGGCGUGCCUGUCCUGGCACUGGUUGCGCUGUCGAAGCAGGACGAGACGAAAUACCACAAGUCCCAGGGCGACGGCAUGUGGCGGAAAGCGUGCGCGGACCGCGGCGUGAGCGGCGGCUUCUACGUGGGCGACGCGGCCGACGACGAGAGCCUGGCGCGCUUCGCGGGCGUGCCGUUCCACCACGUGAAGGAGUUCUUCGAGCGGAUGCACAAGGCGUCCUAGAGUACUUGUAGUAAGA